AUGCCCUGUUUGAAUUCUUUUUACCAGGCUUAUCAACAUAAGCUAAAGCUAGCCCUUAUAGGUCAAAAUUUUGGGCAAGAAGUUUAUAACAAGCUGAGAAAAGAGGGACAUAAAGUUGUGGGAGUAUUCACAGUGCCUGACAAGAAUGGACAAGCUGAUCCUUUGGCACUGGCAGCAGAGAAGGAUGGAACUCCUGUUUUUAAGUUCCCCAGAUGGAGAGCUAAAGGCAAGCCUAUCCAGGAAGUAGUUGCAGCCUACAAAUCGGUUGGAGCAGAGUUAAAUGUCCUUCCAUUCUGUACACAGUUCAUCCCCAUGGAUGUUAUUGAUUGCCCAAAACAUGGCUCAAUUAUUUACCAUCCAUCCAUCCUGCCACGCCACAGAGGAGCUUCUGCAAUCAACUGGACUUUAAUUCAAGGAGAUAAGAAAGCAGGAUUUACUAUUUUCUGGGCUGAUGAUGGCUUGGACACUGGACCAAUCCUUCUGCAGAGAGAAUGUGAUGUGGGCCAAAAUGAUACUGUGGAUGACCUAAAACGGUUUCUCUUCCCAGAAGGAGUAAAGGCUAUGGUGGAAGCUGUACAUCUAAUUGCUGAUGGUAAAGCCCCUCGUAUACCUCAGCCUGAAGAAGGGGCAACAUACGAAGGCAUCCAGAAAAAGGAAAAUGCAGAGAUCUCCUGGGACCAACCUGCAGCAUCUUUGCACAACUGGAUUCGAGGGCAUGAUAAAGUUCCUGGGGCAUGGGCAACAAUAGAUGGCCAGGUGGUUACCUUUUAUGGAUCAUCAUUACUUGAUGCUUCAGUGCCCACUGGACAAGAACUGGCAAUAAAAGGUGCUUCAAGACCUGGGCUUAUAACCAAGAAUGGCCUAAUCAUUUUUGGUAAUGAUGGAAAGAUGGUGCUAGUGAGAAACCUGCAGUUUGAGGAUGGAAAAAUGAUCCCUGCAUCUAAGUACUUCUCUACUGAUGAAACAACUGCCUUGGAACUUACAGAAGAGGAGAAAAAGAUGGCAGAAGAUAUUAAGGCUAUUUGGAAGGGAAUUCUGAGCCAUGUUGCUGUAAUUGAGGAUUCCACAGACUUCUUCAAAUCCGGAGCAUCCUCUAUGCAUGUUAAGAAAAUUAAGCAGAAGUAUAGUGGGCUUCAACUACAAAAUGAAGACGUGUACAUAGCCACUAAGUUUGCAGACUUCAUUCAAACGGCUGUCAGAAAAUUCAGAGGAGAAGACAAGGAAGAAGAGUUAGUAAUUGAUUAUGUAAGCAAAAAUACGAACAACAUGACUGUGAAUAUGCCAUACCAAUGUUUCAUAAAUGGGCAAUUUAUAAAUGCUGAUGAUGGAAAAACAUAUGACACCAUAAAUCCAGCAGAUGGAUCAGUAAUAGCCAGUGUAUCUUCUGCUUUGGCUGAUGUUGACAAGGCAGUGGCAGCAGCAAAAGAGGCAUUUGAAAAUGGUGAAUGGAGAAGAAUGGAUGCAAGGGAAAGAGGGCGACUCAUGUACAGACUUGCAGACCUGAUGGAAGAACAUCAAGAAGAAUUAGCAACAAUAGAGUCCAUUGACUCAGGAGCUCUCUACACUUUAGCUUUGAAGACCCAUGUUGGAAUGUCUGUGCAAACAUUCAGAUACUUUGCUGGAUGGUGUGACAAAAUUCAGGGUGCUACAAUUCCAAUUAACCAGGCCCGUCCAAACCAUAAUCUAACAUUCACCAAGAAAGAGCCCAUUGGUGUCUGUGCGAUUGUUAUCCCGUGGAAUUACCCACUGAUGAUGCUUGCAUGGAAGAGUGCAGCAUGCUUGGCUGCAGGCAACACACUUGUACUCAAGCCAGCUCAGGUCACACCUCUGACUUCCUUGAAGUUUGCAGAACUGUCGGCUAAAGCUGGAUUUCCUAAGGGUGUUAUAAAUAUUCUGCCUGGUUCAGGUGGUUUAGUGGGACAGCACCUGUCUGAACAUCCUGAUGUUCGCAAAGUUGGAUUUACUGGUUCAACACCAACUGGUAAACAGAUUAUGAAGAGUGCAGCCACUAAUCUGAAGAAAGUUUCUCUUGAACUUGGUGGCAAAUCACCAUUGAUCAUAUUCAGUGACUGUGAACUUGACAGAGCUGUAAAAAUGGGUAUGGGAGCAGUAUAUUUCAACAAAGGAGAAAACUGCAUUGCAGCUGGCAGGCUGUUUGUGGAAGAAUCAAUCCAUGAUGAAUUUGUUAGCAAAGUGGUGGAAGAAAUAAAAAAGAUGAAAAUUGGUGACCCACUCGAUAGAUCCACAGACCAUGGUCCACAAAAUCACAAGGCACAUUUGGAGAAGCUGCUGCAGUAUUGUGAAAUUGGAGUAAAAGAAGGAGCCACUCUAGUGUAUGGAGGAAGACAAGUUCAUAGACCAGGUUUCUUCAUGGAACCCACUGUAUUCACGGAUGUUGAAGACCAUAUGUAUAUUGCCCAGGAGGAGUCCUUUGGUCCUGUGAUGGUCAUCUCUAAAUUUAAAAAUGGGGACGUCGAUGGAGUGCUGCAACGGGCAAAUAGCACAGAAUAUGGCUUAGCCUCAGGAGUUUUCACGAAAGACAUAAGCAAAGCUCUCUACAUCAGUGAAAAGCUAGAAGCUGGAACAGUUUUUAUUAACACAUACAACAAAACUGAUGUGGCAGCCCCAUUUGGUGGAUUUAAGCAGUCUGGCUUUGGGAAAGAUUUAGGUGAAGAAGCUCUUCAUGAAUAUCUCAGAACCACCAUCACUGUGGAAUAUUAAAGUAACAGCUUCACUUGGAAAGUAAACAUUCGGCAGAGUUUGUAUCUUAAAGAAGCACUUAAUGCCAUGCCUAGGAUAG